CACACCUGCGCUCGUUCCUAUAAAAGCUGUCCAGCCCCGUUCAUCGGUCUCAAUCUCACAGAGCAGCACCUCCCCAAGGAUUCACCAUGAAAUUUGUGGCUCUUGCACUGACCCUCUUGUUGGCCGUCGGCUCCCAUGCCAUGGCUCUGCAGAACGAUGCUCCUUCCCAGCUGGAACAUGUCAGGGCUGCCGCUAUGGUGUAUCUGACCCAGGUUAAGGAGACCGCCAUGAAGACCCUCGACCACCUGGACGGAACCGAGUACGCCGAGUACAAGGUCAAGCUCUCCGAGAGCCUGGACCAGCUGCACGCGUACGCCCGGACCGCCUCCGAGACCAUCACCCCCUACGGCGACGCCUACUCCGCCCAGUUCCUGGACGCCACCAAGGACGUGCGCGAGCGCGUCAUGGCCGACGUGGAGGACCUGCGCGUCCAGCUGGAGCCCAAGCGCGAGGAGCUGAGGCAGGUCCUGCAGAAGCACAUGGACGACUACCGCGCCAAGCUCGAGCCCGUCUUCGAAGAGUACUUGACCAAGAACAAGGAGGACGUCGAGGCCCUCAGGGCCAAGCUGCAGCCCCUGCUCGAGGAGAUGCGCUCCAAGGUGGAGGCCAACGUGGAGGAGACCAAGUCCAAGCUCCUGCCCAUGGUGGAGGUCGUCCGCAACAAGAUGACCGCCCGCCUGGAGGAGCUGAGGACCAUGGCCGCCCCCUACGCUGACGAGUACAAAGAGCAGCUCACCAAGGCCGUGAGCGAGGUGAGGGAGAAGGUGGCACCCCAUGCCCAGGACCUCCAGGGCAAGCUGGAGCCCUACAUGGAAGACCUGAAGACCAGGGUCAUGGCUCUCUACGAGACCCUGUCCCAGGCCCUCAAGGCAUAAACGUCUUCUAGCCCCCUCCCCCGUACCAAGCACCAGCACGGUUCCAACUGCUGUUCGGGACACUCCGGACUCGUGUAACAGCGAGCAGAAAGUCACAUCUACACCUGUGUUAUAACAUCCAUGUCUGUGUGAUUCCUGUUGUUUAUUGGUGGUUGACAUUUGGUGCAACUUCAUCGAUGACAUAUUGUCAAUAAAAACGCAAAGUCACCAAA